UGACAAUUUGAUAAGAAAUUAAAUUUACGCUUCAAAAUAACAAAUUUACUAAUUUGCAAGUAAUCAAUCAAUUCCCUAUUUUUGAAAUAAUUAUUUAGGAUGGAUGAAGACGAUCACGAUGAGCUAUUGCAAGUUACCGACGACGAUUCUUUGUCCGAAACCGAAGAUCAAUGUCUUCCUAUCGAUAAACCGGCUGAAAAUUAUACAAACGGUCCAUCUUACUUCAACCAUACGAAAUUGGAGUUUAUAACAACCAAAAUUACUUUGGUUUUUGCUACUACUGUUAUAUUAAUCCUACUACCACUGUAUAUUGAUACCAUAAACGUCGAAGGAAACGCUUAUUCCUUGAUUUUGACUAAUACUUUCAUUUCGACUGUGAUGCUUGUCGUUACAAUGGGAAUAGCGAAAGUAUUUUUCGAAAAGUACAGGAACGUCAACGUUUUUAGUUUACCAGUCAAAUCUUGGAAUCUACUCCAGUUAUCUCUUGUGUAUUUCUCGUCGGCUUUCAUGAUUAUCUACGCUUUAGAUAGGAAACGAGUCGUAUGCCAUUUACAGGAUCCCAUCAAAGGAAUCGUCUUGGUAUUCUCCCUGUUGUACUACUUCUUUUUUUGCAGAAAAAUAAUGGGUUUGCAAAGAAUUUUCUCUGCUACAACAAUUGUCGUCGGGAUAUUUAUCACUGUCGAUUACGGUUUAUGUGACGAAUUCAGAUGCAGGGGGUACGAGAGGGAGAAAAUCAGCGAAGAUUCGGGACCUUGGAGUGGCGAGAACCACGCUUUAUGGACUACAGUCUACAUCGCAGGAUUUGCUACAUUUGCUGCUUACUUCACACUGCUCGAUCGAUACCUUUUGACUGCUAAUGAAGUCGAAACUCAAAAUAUUACCAUGCCUUCCACGUUGUUAAGUACAGUUUCAAGAUCUGUCUCGUUCCCUAAUUCAAAUUCGCAACCGCAAAUUAUCGGACAAAAUUUGAAUAACAAUUCUCAAUCGACCAAGAUACAAUCUGUGGUACAUCUUGCGAUGUGGUUACAUAUUUUUGGUUUGGUUUUCGCUGUAUUGAUGUUUUGGUUUGAUAUUUUACCAGACAUUGGUAAAGGCAAUGAUAUCCAACAGUUUUGGAAUUAUACUUCGAAUGGUAUACUUUGCCAUUUCCAGAAACCACAACCACCUACCAUGGGCCAAUUUCCAUGCGGAAACGUCUUUAUGUAUUCUUGGAUAUUCAUGUGUUGCUACAUACUGUUCGUUGUAAUGUCGAUGAAGUUUUUAAUUCUAACUCAAUCGGCUGUUUUUACAAUAGCUGUCAUGUCCACAUCACUUCCUUUGGCAAACAUUUGGUGGUCUUUGUUCCAUGCCUCACCCAAUACAAUUGGCCUUUUAAUAUGGUCGCCGUCUCUGACAGGUGAGCUCAUUUGUGCAAUUUUGGGUUUACCUAUUAUGCUAGUGGGGCUCUUUUUGCUGUGCAAGGCUCAUUUAAAGAAUUGCCAAUAUUCAAAGCACUGUAACCGAUUUGUUAUGUCAAAUGAUGGGUUUGCUUGAAUUUCCAAGGCAGAAAUUGAACCAAUUAGUGCAAAUAUAAGAUAAUAUGGGUUUGCAUUAUUUUGGUUACUUUAGUAUAGGAAAUGUUUACCUAUAAUAUGUAUUUUAUGUUGAUGAUAUGUUAAGCAUUAAGCUUAAAAAUUUGCUAUAGCAUAAAACCUAUCAUGCUAGUCAUUAAAUGGUUAAUAAAUUGUAUUAUGCUGUUUAAAGACUAAAAUGUAGUUUUAUGCUACAUAUAAAGUGGCAUUUUAAAAAUAUUUAUUGUGAUAUGAUUUUGUGAUUUAUGUUGGGGUUCAGAGAAUAUUUAUGUUUUACGCAAAGAUUAAAAUUGUUUUACUUUAAAAAGACUGAUUUUGCACAGUUUUAUUUUUUUGAUUUAAUUGUUUUUUUACUUGUGACUUUUUGAAUGGAUAUUACUCAAAUUUAUUGUUUCAAUUGAACGUAAUUGAACUCAAAAAGCCACUCAUUAGGUUUUUUUCAAAUAUUGCAUACUUUUAAAUCAAAAGACAAUAGUAUUAUGAAUAAACUGCAGGGGUAUUUAAAAGUAGUGUUUUUGACAAAAAAAUGUCCAGGUACUUAUAUUACAAAAAUGGUUAUUUUGGAGCAUUUAUGAUUCUUCAGAAAUUAAGUAUGAAGUUCAAUUAAUUGCUCUUAUAAAAUGUUACAAUAUUGUUGUUCUAGAUAUAAAAAUGUGUUGCUUUAACUAUACAUAUUUCUAAGUAGAUUUUAAAAUCGGAUUUCCCCAAGUAAUAUUUCGUUUACAUUGUUCUAAUACAAUUUUUCUUCGAUUCAUUAUUUUGAAUAGGCAAAGUCCUUAGAAGGGUACAAAAUGUAAUUGCCAAUAAUGUUGAACUUUUCAAAUUGUUAACUAGUACUGGUACAAGACUAUAAUAUUUGUCUAACCGUUAUAUGUAUAAAAAUAUUUACAUAUUGUAUAGUUAAGUGUUUUACACAUGUAUUCAACUUAUAGCACUAGACCGUGUUUUUAUUAAACGUACUUUGUGUUUGAUAUAAUACUAUAAAUGUGAUGAAAUAUAUUAAAACUGAUUAAAAUAUAUUCGAAUUUGCUCAUCGUAACUAUAAAGGAUCUUAUACAAAAUGUAUUGAGAAUUUUACUAAUUCUAUCAUGCUUUCCAUUUAGCUUUAAUUUUCCUGAUUUUAUUUAUACAAGUGGUUCCUUAAAUUCUAGACCAAAAUUUGGAGGAUUUCCAGGGUCAAUUUUUCUAUACCAUAAUCAUUUUGAAGUUUUGGCCUUUUAUUUAAGGGACACUCGCUAUAUCUUUGUAUUGCGUUUAAGAAUCUGUUUUUCUUCAAUUUCAAUCUUGUUAUCUUCAAAUCUAAUACUUUGCUUACCAAAUAGUUUGUGCCAAAAAUUAGUAGUAGAUAUUUAUUGUUACUAUAACUUUAUUCCGUCUUUUUCAACGAAAUUACAGCAGUAUAAAGUAAAAAUAAUAUGUAUUCGCCAAAAAAAAUCAAUUAAUCAAAGUGUAGGUAAUUGUUUGUGUGUACUAAAAAUACCUAUGUAUUGAGAUGUAUUCUAAAAUGUAUCGAUUUUUGGUCAUGUCGAAAUCAAUAAUUUUAUUCACAUGGCCAGAUUUAACUAUUCAUUAUUCAAAUUUUAGUACUUAUUAGAUGUUAGCGUUUAUUGUUAAUUUUCGAAAUUAAAUAUUCUAUUCUAUUA